AUGUAUCAAAAGUGGUUUUUAUUAGUUUCUGUGUUGGUUUUAAGUGCAAAAUUAUGUACAGGACAGGUUCUGCAGUUUGGAACAUGUGGCGAUGUACCACCUAUGCAGUUCUUUGAUCUUGAAAGGUUUUUAGGUGAAUGGUACGAAAUAGAACGCUUUCCACAUUGGUAUGAGCGCUAUGGAGAGUGCGCUUACUUACGAUUCCAAUACUGCGAGCGACGAGUGGAAAUAGAACAUAUUUACGUCAGAACUGGUGUACGAUUUAUACUACAACAAAACAGUAGCUAUGCGCCUGGGGAUGAAGCUAUUUUUAUGAUAGAUUCAAGUAAUAUCGAUCCCAUCGGUAUACCGAUGUCCGUGUUAAAUACAGACUAUUCAAACUACGCAGUGGUGUACGGUUGUAAAUAUAACGAAAAUCUAGAUAUUAAAUAUCUUUCAGCAUGGAUACUAUCACGAACUUCAGAUCUAAGUGAAGAAAUGUUACAAAGAGCGUACCAAGUACUUAACAGCAUACCUUACGCUAAUAUCGCGUAUUUAGAAAAAGUAGAACAGAGAACAAACCUCUGCAAAUUCCACUGGACAGCCGUAAUCGCAGCAGAAAAUAUAACAGACACAAUGAGAACCCAAACAAUUUCAGAUGACGGUGUUCUUGCUUUGUUAUAA